UUUAAGCCUAAAGAAGUAAAAGAACUUUCCUUCCAAAAUUUCGAAACACCCACAGAAUAUUUAAACAAGUGACCUUUGUCCCUAUAAUUACUUAGAUAUUUAAAAUUUAAAAAGUUUCAUUUUCCGACUACUUGUGGGAAAAAUUAUUUAUAAAGACACGUAGUUGUUUAUAUUCCAAAGUUUAAAAUGUCUAGGCAACGAAGAAAGGGUGCUAUUGAAGAUUUACAAUACAAUUCGUUUCCUUCAACUAAACCCGCCCAAUUAAACGAAACAAGGGGCAUCUUUGGAAAAGUGGUAAAGACCCUGGUCUUGUCUUUGAUCAUUUUAUAUUGUUUGCCAGUAUUGUUGACAUAUUUCAGUUCAACUGUUCGACAUCAACUUGUCUUUUUAAAUUAUUUAACAAAUCCAUUUACAAAUUAUAAUAACCUGGCUGAACAUGGAUUAAAGUCAAGGGCUACAAACUUAUAUAUCACUGGCAAUGCUGGGAAGCUAGGAAUAUGGCACAUCCUGGCAGAAGGCUCAACAGCAAUUAAUGAUGGUAAACCUGUGGUCUUAUACAUGCAUGGAAAUGCUUACUCCAGAGCUGCCAAGCACAGGGUUGCAACAUACAAGGUUCUAUCCGCGCUGGACUGUCACGUGGUUGCACACGAUUACAGAGGAUUUGGUGAUUCCGAAGGUAUUCCUUCCGAGCAGGGAAUAAUUCAGGACAGUUUAACAGUUUUUCAAUGGAUCUUGGCAAAUACUGACAACGGUCCAGUUUAUCUUUGGGGUCAUUCAUUGGGAUCCGGUGUCGCUGUAGCUCUCUCUAAAAUACUGACAGAAAAAAAUAUCCCAGUGAUGGGGAUUAUAUUGGAGGCACCAUUCAAUAACAUGAGGGAAGGCGCUUUAUAUCAUCCGUUAUCCGCACCAUAUAAGUUUUUGCCGUUUUUCCAAGACGCGUUGCAAGAGAUCAAUGGCUUGUUCAAAAACGAUGAAAUAAUUACCAGCAUAAAGUAUGAUAUAUUAAUGCUUCACGACCAUGGUGACGAAAUUGUUAAAAUGGAUUUAGGGAAAAAGUUAUAUGAAGCAGCUGUAAAGCACAAAAGGGAAUACCAAACGAUAAUAUUCAAAGAGUUGCGUGGAUACAGUCAUACGACGAUUUAUUCAGCGCCAAAUCUGCCGGAAAUACUAAGGAACUUUAUGAAGCUGGAACAAAUUGGAAAGACUAACGCUGAUGAUUCAGAACAGAGUUAGCUUCUUGCUUAGCAUAUUAUCAUGGCUUAAUUUAUCAUUUUAGCAGAGAUAUUGAAUAUAGGUUUAAAAGUAUGUAGUAUAUCAACCAAUAAAUGCUUUGAAGAAAAUUUCA